ACGGUGCAGACGGGAUCAUGCAGGCGGAGGAAUACACACGCAGAGGGAAGGAGAUGGUGGACUAUAUCAGAAGAUACCUGGAGGAGAUCAGACAGAGGAAGGUUCUUCCAGAUGUUCAGCCAGGCUUCAUGAAGCCUCUGCUCCCAGACCAAGCUCCUCAGGAACCUGAAUGCUGGGAGAAGAUCAUGCAGGACGUGGAGAACAUCAUCAUGCCCGGGGUGGUGCACUGGCAGAGUCCGUACAUGCACGCUUAUUUUCCUGCUCUGAACUCAUGGCCAUCUCUACUGGGGGACAUGCUGGCUGAUGCCAUCAACUGCCUCGGCUUCACCUGGGCGUCGAGUCCUGCCUGUACUGAGUUGGAGAUGUGUGUGAUGGACUGGUUAUGUAAAGCACUUGGGUUGCCAGAUCAUUUCUUGCAUCAUCACCCGGACAGUCAUGGAGGAGGAAUACUGCAGAGUACAGUGAGUGAGUGCACUCUGGUCGCUCUUCUUGCUACACGUAAAGAUAAAAUCCUUCAGAUGAAGAGCAGAAACUCACCGACGGACCUCCUGACCGACGCCUUCAGUGAUACACACACACACACCGACCUGGACGAGUCCAUCCUCAACUCCAGACUCAUCGCCUAUGCUUCUGACCAGGCUCACUCAUCAGUAGAGAAGGCCGGGUUGAUCUCUCUGGUGAAGAUCAGGUUUUUGGAGACGGAUGAGAAGUUCUCACUGAGAGGAGAAACACUGCAGAGAGCCAUACAGGAGGACAGGAGGCGGGGCUUAGUGCCCAUCAUGCUGUGUGGUACUCUGGGUUCUACAGGUGCUCGUGAGGGUUUGUGGCUCCACGUCGACGCGGCGUACGCUGGCUCCGCCUUCCUCUGUCCUGAACUACGCUACCUCAUGGCCGGGAUCGAGUACGCAGACUCGUUCGUCUUCAACCCGUCCAAGUGGAUGAUGGUGCACUUCGACUGUACGGCGUUCUGGGUGAAAGAUAAGAUGAAACUCCAGCAGACGUUCAGUGUGGAUCCUCUCUACCUAAGACAUGAUAACUCAGGGGCUACAGACUUCAUGCACUGGCAGAUUCCUCUGAGUCGGAGGUUCAGAUCAUUAAAACUUUGGUUCGUUCUGCGUUCGUUCGGGCUGAAGAACCUGCAGGAGCACAUCAGACACGGGGUUGAGUUGGCGAGACUGUUUGAGUCGUUGGUGAGAAGCGACUCCAACUUCCACAUUCCAGCUGAGAGACACCUGGGACUGGUGGUGUUCAGUCUCACUGGGGGUAACGCCCUGACCCAGGAGCUCCUGCACCGCCUGACCCGGUCAGGGUCCAUGUUCCUGAUCCCGGCCGCUGUGGGCUCCAGACUCAUCAUCCGCUUCACCGUCACCUCCCAGUUCACCCGAGCCGACGACAUCCGCCGCGACUGGUCCAUCAUCCAGCGCACCGCCCACGACAUCCUGUGCCCCGGACCCGGGCCGCGACCCCACGCCCUCUCGCUGGACGCCGAACCCGAACAGGAAACGCUGUGGCAGGAACAGGAAGUGGAGACCCGGCGGGAGCCGUCCAUGAUCGAUAAGCACCUGGUGCGUCAGAACCAGAGACGGGCGGGGCGCUCCAUGAGCUGCGGCGCCGAGCUCCCGCCCACCAGGCACGACUCCGCCCACGCCGCCAGGGAGAACCCGCCCCCCGGGGCGCUGGCCAAGAUCCCGGAGAGUCCGGAGGGGAGACGGGCCACGCCCAAACGCCUGAUGAAGUUCCACAGUGUGCCCAGUUUACCACAGAUGUGGGCGCAGUGCGCCAUCCAACAGCUGUACUGGCCCAACUGCUUCAACUGCUUCACACACACACACUCACAUACACACACACUGCCCACUAAAUAACACACACACACACACACACACACAUACACACACACUGCCCACUAAAUAACACACACACACACACACACACACACACACACUGCCCACUAAAUAACACACACACACUCACAUACACACACACAUACACACACACUGCCCACUAAAUAACACACACACACACACACACACUCACAUACACACACACUGCCCACUAAAUAACACACACACACACACACACACUCACAUACACACACACUGCCCACUAAAUAACACACACACACACACACACACAUACACACACACUGCCCACUAAAUAACACACACACACACACACACACACACACACACACACACACACACACACACUGCCCACUAAAUAACACACACACACACACUCACAUACACACACACAUACACACACACUGCCCACUAAAUAACACACACACACACACACACACUCACAUACACACACACUGCCCACUAAAUGACACACACACACACACACACACACACACUCACAUACACACACACUGCCCACUAAAUAACACACACACACUGCCCACUAAAUAACACACACACACACACACACACACACUGCCCACUAAAUAACACACACACACACACACACACACACUGCCCACUAAAUAACACACACACACACACACUGCCCACUAAAUAACACACACACACUCACACACACUCACAUACACACACACUGCCCACUAAAUAACACACACACACACACACACACACACACACACACUCACAUAAACACACACUGCCCACUAAAUAACACACACACACACACACACACUGCCCACUAAAUAACACACACACACACACACACACACUGCCCACUAAAUAACACACACACACACACACACACACUGCCCACUAAAUAACACACACACACACACACA